GUUGGCGCUGUACGAAGUGACGAUGGCGUCAACAGACCAGUCCCUCCUGGACCUGACAGAUAAAGAAACCCGGGAGAAACUGUCAUUUUGGGACCGCCGCACCGACGCCAUGGCUCCCCUCACCGAGAAACAAAUGGACGCUGUCCUGGAGAUCCGAGCCGCAGCGGAGACGCUCUCGGUCCCGUCAGAGUUGCCCAUUGAGGACCUGUGCAGCCUUUCGUCGCGGACCUUGCAGUCUCCCUUCUUGGCGACUGUGCCCGCGUCAACAGAGGACGUCCUGCUCAAGGGUUUCCAGAUGCUCGAUAUGGGGAAUGACCGGAUAGAAACUGCACAACAGUUUUUCGCCUGGUUUGCCAAGUUGCAGGCAAACAUGGACCAGGACGAUAACUCAAAAUACAGAAAAACCAGAGAUGAUCUAAACUGCUACCAGGAACAAUGUGACGCUAUCUUGAAAGAUGUUUGCGCCGCUCUGGAGCACUUGGACUCCCUCCAGAAACAGUAUCUGUUUGUCUCCAAUAAGACUGGCACCUUACACGAGGCCUGCGAGCAGCUCCUAAAAGAGCAGUCGGAGCUUGUUGACCUGGCAGAGAGCAUACAGCAGAAACUGUCAUAUUUUAAUGAGUUAGAAAACAUAAACACGAAACUGAACUCGCCAACCCUGUCUGUAAAUAGUGACAGCUUUAUUCCAAUGCUGUCCAAAUUGGAUGACUGCAUUGAAUAUGUUUCUUCACAUCCCAAUUUCAAGGACUAUCCAGUUUAUUUGGCCAAGUUCAAACAAUGUCUUUCUAAAGCCAGGCACUUCAUGAAGAUCCACAUUGUGAACACAUUGCAGCAUCUCACCAGCCAGUUAACAAAAAGGGAUCCAAUGGGCUUGACUAAUGCAGACAAUGCCUUUACACUGUACUAUGUGAAGUAUAGAGCAGCUGCACCGAAAGUCAGAUCACUGAUUGAACAGAUAGAACAGCGAGCAGAGAAGAUUCCUGAAUACCAUCAGCUGCUAGAUGAAGUCCAUCAGUGCUACCUUGACCAGAGAGAGCUGCUCCUCAGUCCCAGCAUUACAUCCACCAUUACUGACCUGACCAACCAGAACAUCAAAGACCACUGUGCUCUGGUUCGCAGUGGCUGUGCUUUCAUGGUUCACGUCUGCCAGGAUGAACACCAACUGUACUAUGAGUUCUUCUCAAAGCCCACACCUAAACUAGAUGAGCUGCUAGAGAAGUUAUGUUUGUCCCUCUAUGAUGUCCUCCGGCCUCUAAUCAUCCACAUCGUCCACCUGGAAACCCUGUCUGAGCUCUGCAGUAUCCUCAAGAAUGAGAUGCUGGAAGACCAUGUUCAUAACAAUGCUACUCAGUUGGGGGCCUUUGAUGCCGUAGUGAAGCAGAUGCUCGAGGAUGUCCAGGAGAGGCUGGUCUACAGGACUCACAUUUACAUACAGACUGAUAUCACAGGCUACAACCCAGCUCCAGGGGAUCUGGCCUACCCUGAGAAACUAGAGAUGAUGGAGAGAAUUGCUCAGAGCUUGAAGGAGGAGCAGAUGAAGCAGAUGUCCCAAGAGUCCAUGUUUUCUGAUGUUCAGCUUGAGGAUCCUGAUGGGAGAAGAAACAGUGUUGCUGGCAGUGUAGAAGCAUCCCGCCUUCAGCCAUCUAUCUCUCCUGCUGAUCUGCACGGCAUGUGGUACCCGACUGUCAGACGAACGCUGGUUUGUCUGUCCAAGCUCUACAGAUGUAUAGAUAGAGCAGUCUUCCAGGGUUUAUCUCAAGAAGCCUUAUCUGCCUGCAUCCAGUCCUUGCUUAAAGCUUCAGAUAUCAUCCUUAAAAACAAGACGCAAAUAGAUGGGCAACUUUUCCUGAUCAAGCACCUGCUGAUAGUGCGGGAACAGAUUGCCCCAUUUCACACCGAUUUUGCCAUCAAGGAAAUCUCACUGGAUCUGAAGAAAAUGCGAGAUGCUGCCUUCAAAAUCCUCAACCCUAAGGCUGUUCCCAAAUUCUUCCGUCUUAACAGUCACAACGCCAUCCUUGAAUUCCUGUUGGAGGGAACACCGGAGAUAAAGGAGCACUACAUUGACUCUAAGAAAGACGUGGACCGGCACCUGAAGUUCAGUUGUGAGCAGUUCAUUCAGCAACAGACUCGGAUCUUUGUGGGGAACCUUGAGGAGUUUCUCACCAAGGUCGCAGCUCUUAAAACGAUGGCUAUCCAAGGGGGUCCCACGUACAGUCUGUCUCAGCAACCUUGGGCACAGCCAGCAAAGAUCAACGAUAUAGUGAUGACUACCUACCGUGUGAUGAAGAGCAAGCUGCCAGGCACUUUGCAGAGCAUGUCCUUGUACCUGGCCAAUAGAGACACAGAGUUCAUCCUUUUCAAGCCUGUCCGGAAUAACAUCCAGCAGGUAUUCCAAAGACUGCAUUCCUCGCUUCAGGAGGAAUACAGCGGAGAAGACCUUCAAAUCAUUGCAUGUCCAUCGAUGGAGCAGAUUAACCUACUGCUGUCUGUGAAUAAGUAAUGUCCAAGUUUGGUGUGGCAAUGCUGGUGAAACACCCUUUGGAUAGCAAUGGGAUAUUGCAACGCCGACCGUGACCAGGAGCUGUGAGGCUGAGUAUGCAAGAUGGCCAGAGAAGCUCCACCUGAGCUGACCGGGAGUGCUGAAUUAACGGCGCAAGACCAAAGAUUCUCAGAGGCUCAAGUAGCUGCAAGUGUGUUGAGGGUUCAGGUAUUCAUCUGGAAGUCCAUAACGAUGAUGACUUUGUUAGACUGAAGGUGGGUUUGUUGUGGUGGAUUUCUGAUCACAGUUGCACACUAUGGGCGGGGAUCGGGGGAAGGAUUAAUAGUGCGAAGACAAGGACCCUCUGGGUGUGCAAAUAGAGGCACUGAAGGGUCUUUUAUCAGCCCGGUGGCUAUUGGCCUAUUGUUUGGAAGGAUAAGAAAAAAUAUGCUGCAAAAUAGUUAAUUCCUCCAUUAAAAAAAAUGUAAGAGCAAUUUGUUCCAUUCAGUAGCACUAUGGUGGCCUGCUGUGCUGCAGGACUCUCAGGUCUGACAGGUGUUCCCUUCUGAUCAUAGCAACAUCCACUCAGUUGUUCUUUACUUGUCCUAUGUGUUCUUAAAGAUUCUUCUUUUGAAUGUUUUUGUUAUUCUGUUGCAAAUAUGUACAAAAUACGAUGACGCGAUUUAUACUUUAUCCUUUUAUAUAUAUAUAGGUUGAUUGCAACUAAUAUGCUUUUACUCCAUUGGCAGUUUUGCACUGUGUGAUUUAUGGCUAUGUUUCCUCAUGGUUUUUCUCAGAGUAAAAAAAAAAAAAAAAUCAAACAACCAGGACACUGGCAAUGUGACAUUUGCUUUUGUUUGCCCCAUGUCCAAUUAUGUGUACAGGUGUACUAUUUAUGAACACACUGAUUAAAAAAAAAAAAAACCAAAAGGUUAAGGAUCUUCUUUGAAUUUAUU